GGAAUAUAGCGUCACGUAAAGAUUUGGAUUUCUCUUAUAUUUAUAUAGGUGUUGAGCUGACAUCCACACCCGUCAAACUUGUAUAAAGUUCAAUGCACCGUAUAUGGGAGAGGCAGCAUGGAGGUAGGAAUGGACUCCCGUCCAACGUGGUCUUCCAAACGAGAGUUUUUUCUUGCGUGCCUUGGUUGGGCUGUUGGCCUGGGGAAUGUGUGGAGAUUCCCCUAUUUGUGCUUUGAAAACGGUGGAGGUGCAUUUCUGAUACCGUAUUUCCUCGCUCUUUUUCUGGCUGGUCUGCCAACAUUCUUUCUUGAUGUGGUGCUUGGGCAAUACAGCAGCGUUGGUUGUAUUUCAGUUUGGAGAGCUGUACCUCUGCUGAAAGGGCUAGGUUUCAGUCAGACUAUUUAUUCCUUCAUCGUGGGCUCGUAUUACAAUGUGGUCAUCACAUAUUCAGUCUUCUACUUCUUCGCUUCGCUCACAUCCUCCCUACCGUGGACGGGGUGUGGCCAUGAGUGGAAUACCGCCCUCUGCGGUCGUCUGGUGUCUGACUGUCUAGACGCAGACGGUGUAAUUACAUUCAACAACACAUGCCAGAGGCUGGAUGCUCUUACGGAAGAGGAGUUGGGAGGUUUGAAUGUAACGUCGUAUAGAAAUGGAGACUACGAUAUGUCCAAUUACUCCGACCCUUUCAGUAGUUUUCGCCGAUCUGCCAGUGAAGAAUAUUGGAGGUUUGCUGUGCUACAGGAGUCAGCGUCUAUGGAAAUAACUGGGGGCGUGAUCUGGCAACUUGCUUUGUGCUUGCUCUUUACUUGGAUAGUGGUAUUUCUCUGCGUCACCAAAGGCAUCAAAUCAUCCGGAAAGGCUGUUUAUUUUACUGCUAUCUUUCCGUAUGUCUGCUUGUUCGUUCUCCUCAUUCGUGGAGUUACCUUGCCUGGUUAUCAAAAUGGUGUUGCGUUCUUUGUCACUCCUCGCUGGGAUACCCUGAUGAAACCAAAGGUUUGGCUGGAUGCAGUUGGUCAAAUAUUUUUCUCCCUCGGGAGUGGUUCAUCUGGGACUAUGACACUAGGAUCCUAUAACACAUUCCACAAUAAUUGCCUCAUAGAUGGUUUGGUUGUACCUCUGGUCAACUCUGCAACCAGUUUCUUUGCUGGGAUCGUAAUCUUUUCUAUUCUUGGCUAUAUGGCGCACGCACAAGGCAAAAACGUCAGAGAUGUAGUCUCGCAGGGUUACGGACUUGCGUUUGUGGCUUAUCCUGACGCUGUAAGCCGCAUGCCUGGGGCUCCAUUUUGGUCUGCAUUGUUCUUCUUCAUGCUUUUUAUCCUUGGUCUGGACACACAGUUCGUUAUCAUCGAACAAAGUGUGACUGGUUUGGUGGAUGAAUUUUCUGUUCUUCGUCGCCAUCGAUGGGCCUUUUUGCUAUGCUGGUGUCUGGGCAUGUUUCUCCUUGGGCUGAUAUUUGUGACAAAUGCGGGACCAUACUGGCUUGCGUUCGUCAACGCAUACACGCCUUCUAUUGCUCUCAUAGUCUUCGUGGUUGGUGAAUGUCUGGCCGUAAGUUGGCUCUAUGGUAUCCGACGGCUGUUGAAUGACAUCCGUUCCAUGAUUGGCGACAAGGUAGUGGAUUGUCCAUUGUUUAAAUUCUAUCCAGUUGCUUGGGCUGUGAUUCUGCCGGUGCUGUUGCUGGUAGUGGUGAUAUUUGAAUAUAUCGCUCGCACCGAACCGGAAUACAACGGACCUCUUCCACCGUGGUCUUCGGGUAUUGGCUGGACUAUCUUCGUUGUGGUUUUAAUAUGGAUUCCACUGUGGUGGGUUUAUGCCAUAAUGGUGGAAAAGGGAACACUUAAGCAGCGCCUUCGACUGCUGGUGAGACCACGUGACAGCUGGGGUCCUGCCCUUCCUCAGAAUCGCCUUCAUGCUUGGGAGGUACACAUGCGCUUUGGAACCACCAUGGGAGGCAAGCUGUAUCCAGAUAGGAAAGAGGAACAUGAAGACAAUCAUCAGAUGACUGUGAGGUACAGCAGUUUGCCAGAAGUUCAGGAAAACUAGUGACAAGAAUUAUCUAUCGUCAAACUGUGGUUUCUAGAGCUGUUUUACGUUAAGGUGACUGCUUUAAGACAAAAUGGUGCUCGGCAAGGUAGCUUGAAUUGAUUUGAUUUAUAAUUAGUUUUGGAAAACGUUCGUCUGGAUGAGCUAUCGGAAAGGUUUCUCUACUCGGGUAUACAAAAGGGAAAUGGUAUUUCAUAAGGAAUUACUGUCCGUACAUUUGGCAUUUAUUAUCACUGUGUCAAUUCACGGCGGUGAGUUUAUACCGUAGAACUAGCACUUUUAUUUCCUGAAAUGGUAAGCGGGCAUAUACAAAGAGUACGUGUAUUAUGUAAAGAUUUUGACUGUUAUGUAUUUUGAUGGCCAGAUAGCGGUUCUGAAAAUGUGAUUCUGUCCGUUAUAACAAAUUCCUCCAUGUAUUCUACUUUUAUUGUGUUAACUGAAUAACUUGUAAGAAGUUUGCUUUGGUGACCGGGCGAUAACAUAUGAUGUAAAUUCAAUUAUGUCUAAUUACAAACCUUCAUUAUCAUUUGGUGCGCGGGGUGUAUGUGUAACUAAUACAUAUAAGUGAACUGGAAAAGAUUUACCAGAAAUCAAAUACAUAUUGAUAUUACCUGUAGUUAAUA